CAGAGUGGAUAAUUUGCAUCGUUUUGUUUGUGGUCUAUGACUAAUUGCUACAGCAGAAGACAGAAAAACACUCAAUUAAUAUAAACGUCUUCCUCAGUUCUGUAUUCACAACAUUCUUGUUCGAAUAGCAGAACGUGUUCACUUUGCCCUAGUCGCCCCUACCAGUUUUAACAAAUUACUAUUGUUGCAAGCCCAUGAACACGGAACCUCUUUUAUCCUCUGCUUCAGUUGUUGAAUUUGAAAAUGUUAUUUGCUAUUUCCAGAUGGCAGGAGCUGAUCCAAAAUGGCAGAAGGACGCGGCAGAUCAGAACUUCGAUUACAUGUUCAAACUGCUCAUCAUAGGCAACAGUUCCGUAGGCAAGACCUCGUUCCUCUUCCGAUAUGCAGAUGACAGCUUCACGUCUGCGUUCGUUAGCACCGUAGGCAUAGAUUUCAAGGUUAAAACAGUCUUCAGACACGACAAAAGAGUCAAACUACAAAUAUGGGAUACUGCAGGACAAGAACGAUAUAGAACAAUCACCACUGCUUAUUACAGAGGCGCGAUGGGCUUCAUCUUGAUGUAUGACAUUACGAAUGAAGAAUCUUUUAACAGUGUACAGGAUUGGGUAACGCAAAUCAAGACGUACUCUUGGGACAAUGCACAGGUGAUCUUGGUGGGCAACAAAUGCGACAUGGAAGAUGACAGGGUGGUGAGUUAUGAACGUGGCAAAAUGUUAGCUGAACAGUUAGGAGUAGAGUUCUUCGAAACUAGCGCCAAGGAAAACAUUAAUGUCAAGGCAGUGUUCGAGCGAUUGGUAGACAUCAUCUGCGACAAGAUGUCCGACAGCUUGGACACUGACCCAACCCUGAUGAGUGGCGGUGCCAAGGGCCAGAGGCUGACGGAUGCUCCACAGGGUCCCCAGGCUACCAACUGUAACUGUUAAUCGUCUCACUUUGUCGGAAUGUACGCUCUGCAGGGCGGUCUAUCUACACUGUUGAUGUUUGAACCAAAAUGAUGGAUGCGGGUAUACCUUUCAGGUGCAAUCAAUAUAUCCUUAGAUUUUUCGAGGUGUCGCUUCUACAGUAAACCUCGUUUGUUCGUUUGAUGUCUGUUUAUGCGAAUGUAGUACGGCACCAUGUUUACAUAAAAUAAAUACAUCCCAUCAGCUUGCGACAUUUUCUAUAGCCUCUGUUAAAAAACGUCGCUAUGCUAUUAACUGUCUUGAGGGAGGAGUGGUAACCAUAACAAGAGACGUCUAUGACAUAAGCAUAGCAUACUAUCCAAUAUCGCUUUGUUAUGUUUAUCAUUGAAAUCUUGGGAAAGAGACAUCAUGGAACAUCCGAUAAUCCUGAAAGGUAUAUUAGUUUUCUUCCUGUUCUUUGUUUACUUUAUCGAGACUGACAAUAUGCAUGCGCAAAACUAAGUUUUAACUUCAAUAUAUGUAUAAGUCGUAAUUGAUUUUGCUUAUGAAGAACUUGGUUCGAGGAAAUUCGUUCGAAAUAAGGUAUUAAAGCAGAAGUUUCUGCACGGGGUUAGACAUAGAACAGCUUUGAUUAGUCAAAUCGUGAAAUCUUAUAUAAAAUGUACUGAAAAUACUAAUUAAUUCAAGGAAUGCAAAAAGAGUGCGAUAUAUGAACAAGUUCAAAGUGAGAAACGACAGAGAACGAAGUAUGGUAGUAGCUAGUGCUAAUUUGUAAUUGGCCAUGGUAACGUUAGCAGAGGAGUUUUUGUUAAAAAUAUGAAACGGUAGAGGUUUUAAGGUAUGAUUUGCUACUCAGGAUUGUUGAAAGGUUAGGAUUUGAAAAAUUAUUGUAAAUCUCGCCAAUUUAUUAGCUUUAGCUAUAAUAGAGAAUGUGCUUUUGAAACCUAUGAUUACAUCCUUUUGAAAAACUGUACUUUUCUCAAAUAACUAUGUUUUCUGAGAAAUCCCAUACAUCAAUUCAGGGACCUGCCUAAAUACUAUUUCACUUGAUGGGCUACAAGCAGAAGGCGAUCUACAGACGUACAUAUGUGAAAAAUCUCGAAAGGACCAUAGGCAAAACAUAUGGAAAGUAGGUCUCAGUCGAAUUGUCUAAAAAUUCCUGCCUUUACGAACAAAAAUGUCCAUGGAGCCAAAGCAAUCUUAUGACUAGUUUUUGAUACAGAGGCGGAUAGUUCCCCGAUUUGCAAAAAUGUUGAAUGUAUUGAUUUUAGUUGUCCGACCAAACACUCCUAGAAUCAAUAUACUAUAAGAAUUAUCUCGUAAAAAUUCCUUGUAGCAAGAUGUUGGAAAGUCGCAUGUUGAUCGUGACCAUGAUCCUUACCAGGUCAGUUUCAAGUCAAGUUCGAUUUUCAUAUACUUAUGCUAUAAUAGAUCUAGCACGAGUUGCCCAAGAAUUCACAAAACUCAUUAGGGCAGGUAGCUUUUCAAGGCCAGGUAAAUGUUAUGGUUUUUUCUUUGUAAUUGACUAUGAUCUUUAGAAGGUCAAAUUAAGGUUGAUUUUGAAAGUGGAAGGGAUAGAAGACGUGCACAAAUGUGAACAUAGCUUCAGGCUUUUGUAUUUUAUUAACGAUUAAUUCUAGUUUUCUUGCUUUGGUUUGCUUUCAAGAUAUCGAAUGGUUUGAGUCAACCUUUUCGAAGGAUAACCAGACCCUAGUAUCAUGGAGAGCAUCUGGAAAAACCACAUAUGCCUAGAGUUCGAAGACCAGAUUUACAUCUACAUUAUCAUUACAAGAGUAAAACCCCGUUAUUUUCAUAAGCUUUUGAUGAAAUAUCUACAGUCGACACUUUAUUGGUCAAAAACGUGAGUAGAUCCUUUUACCGGGUACCUUCUACUUCCUCUAAUGCUAGACCGGCGCCCGCCUCUUGCGCCGUUGCUAACAGUUGAUGAACUAAUCUACCUUCAUAAUAAUCGGAUGAUGGUAACUAUCAAUAAAAGCAUAAGCUAUUUUAUGAAUGCUCCUAGAUUUGUUACAUGCAGUAUUUGAAUAAUUCUCGAACGAGAUUCAUGGAAUACCCAACUGGUCUAUCAAUAUAGUGACAUCAGGGUACCUUCUAUUUAAUACAAGUACGUCUUCCACUAAAAAGUACUAAUCUUUGGCGAACCUAGACACUUUUUAGGAAAAUUUUGUAACAAAAGACUUCGAAUGGCGUAUGGAUUAGUGUAAGUGGACAAAAGGAAUCUCGAAAUAUGGAUCUGAUUUAACAUUUUUUGCAAAUUAAAUAUUUUGUUUAAGGAAGACAUAAUCUUUGUAUCCAUUCGAUAGUCAUUGUAGAUUCUAUUGAUCAACAUGACACAUCCCACCACCUUCCUACCAGGUGUUAUAAGGAAAAAUUUUUUUUAGUAUACUGAUUCUCUGAGUGUUUGAUCUGAGAACUACAAUCGGCACAUUGGCAAUUUCUGCAAAUAAGACAAACUUUAUCCGAAUAUUUCUCAGAAACUAAUCAUAGGAUUGCUUUGGUACAAUUGACACUUUUGUCCGGGAAGGAAAGAAAUAUAUCAUACUGAAUGCUAAGGCAAAUCGAUUUGGACCCAUGCCCAUGUUCCAUCUGUUUUGUGCCUGGUUCUUUUACAUGGUACUAUAACUAUAGUCCAUAGCUCACAACAGUUACUCAGUUGUGACCUUCACUGACCACUUCUGCUUUAUCAUUAUCCAUUAUUCCGUACCACCAUUUCAAAAAUAUUCAACUCAGUGUAAUGUUAUUCAGACUGUGUACAUAACAUGUUGCAUAAGACAAAUGUACAUUCCUCUUGACAUAUAGCAGUUAUCUGUAGUGAGCCAUUUUUUAGAGCUGUAAAUUAAAAAAUGGCGGACCUUUAACCUUUCGCCAACUAUUCUGAAGAAUAACUAAAAACCAUAUUAUCCACUCAUAUCUUUUUCUUGAGGCUAAUUGGACAUUGUACUGAAGUUAUCAUAAACCUUACGAAAAAGUAGUAAAACAAUUUUGGGGACAACGUCGAGGAUAUUUUCCACUUUCACUGAGGCUUUGUGAAUUUCACUCCAACUAAUUAGUAUAGAUGUAUACGGAGUCGAAGUCGCCUGUGAAUCUGAGAAAGGUUUAGGAUGCAUCUUUUAGAAGUGUCCAACUAAAUACUCUGAGCCACAAGUGGUUUAAAACUUUGAUGAUGAUAUUAUGAAAACCACGGGUAACAAUUCAAUCACAUGCUUGACAAAAAAAACUAAAUUGUACACAGUUAUUACCUGCAUUUACUUUUUGUAAUGUGUGGCAUCUUAUGAUUUGAUUUACAAAAAAAAAACGAUGUCAAUAUUAGAGAAAACGUAGUCUAGUGUGGAAUGUGUUUGUACGAUCUGAAGUCAUUUUUGCAGCAGUUUCAGUUGAUGAAUAUUUCCAACUAGAGCUAGAAAACUUUCACUGCAAAUAUGGCUAGCUCAUCAUUAUUAACGAAUUUUUAAUAUGGUUGUUGUGGCUAAUUUUUGUAUGAAUAAUCAGUGUUGAUUAAAGCUGUCCUGCGACAAACGUCCAUUAUCGUCCAUUAUAGGAUACUUGAGAAGCUGCACUUACUGCCGUUUUAACGUAUUCUCUAAAUUCUAGAUUCACAAAUGCCUCUUAGGGCAAAACAAUGUACAAUCUCAAGCUUAGCUGUGCGAAAUGAAUUCUUGAUUCACAAUUCGAUAUUAAGUGAACAUUGAAUCACCUAAGACUUACAAAGUAGAAAUUCAAGAGUUUGGGAAUACCAUAUCUUUCACAUAGAAACAAUGUAUUAUUUCCCGCGAAUUAGCUUCAGUAUACCGUAUUUUUAUUCAUGAUGUAAAAAUUGGUUUAGCUAGAGUUUUGAAAUGGCUGUAUUCGACCUUUAAAUUCCUGUGUGAAAGCAGGGUUCAAAUCUACUAAACAUAUGGGGAAAAUAUGCGGACGUUUGUCGACAGGACAUAAAAUUCCUACCCAUGAUUUCAUCCAUCUUGGAAAUGUUUCAUCGUAUAUCACUGAGUGAUGCAGAUUAGUUUUUCAUUCUCUACAUACGUUAGUUUCUGUUUCCAUACAUAUCUGUGGCCUAACACGGCUUUAUUUGUUAACAAUGUGUUGUAAUUUUAGAGAGAAGAUAUAGAAUAUGCUUGAAACAAAAACGCGUUGUAGUUAACAAUAAUGAUAUAAAUGUGAAGAUGUAAAUAUAGGUGAUGUAAUUGGUUAAAUCUAUGUUUAUUUUUGUUAUCCUAAUGUUAAAUAUAUUUGUUAAAUGUUUGCUUUCAAGAAAUGGUUAUUUUAAUUUCAUGUUAAAUAAAUAUGUGCAUAAUAUGACAUACAGUCUUUUAGCAAUUUGGUUCAUUUCAUCAUUAUGUCAGCGAAGAAAAUAUUAAAAUUAUUAACACUAACACCUGUUUCUAUUAAUCUGCUAGAUAUAUGCCGAGAAAUUAAAGUAGAUGUCCU